AUGUGUAUCACCAUUGAUUUUACCUUCUCAAAGUGUGGCCAUGGAGCGCACUUCAUCCGUCCUUGCCAGGAAGAUGGUUCUUUCUGCGGAAACAUGGUGACUGACCCUAUGGUGUCCACACAUGCUGACUUCUGUAAUGAUUGCUUUAUGCUUCCCGAUCCCAGAGCAUCUAAGCCUGAUGAAGACCAACUUGGAUACCCGUCAAUUGAUUUAAUGGUAGAGCUAUAUCAAAUCCGGAAUGUUGAAGAUGAAACCAAAGAUUUACAGGUUCGGCUCCAAAACUUACCCCUUCCUGAGGGUUUUCGAGGUCCCAGUUACCGCUUAUCUAAUUGUAGAACUUUGAGUUUGCUUCCUAGAGAUAGUCUCGAUGUGCUAUUUAUUAUGGUUAAUCAGCGCCUGAUUCCUGACUUUUGGCUUCGCAUACUCCGCGGCGAAUUACCAUCUCCUCUAAUCAGACAAUUAAUUUUACACCUUCGACAAAUCAUGAUGUUGAACCUUGCACUUCAUCGUUCGAGAAAAACCCUUUCGAAAGUCGAAUGGUACAUUGCUAUGGGCUAUGAACUUUUCUCUCAGGUCGAAUCCACUUCGUGUGAUGAUGAUUGUGGAUUUGUCGCCAGCCGCUCAACGAGAUAG